AAAUUUGAUGCUUUAUAUGAUAUGUUACGGAAAUUGUCAUUCACUCCUCUACCAUUUUUUCCCUAACCAGAAUGAAUUUGAAACGCUUACAUGUGUUUGGGGUUUUAGAGUUUUAGGCCAAGGGUUUCUGAGGCUAUUAGGGUUUGAUUUAUACGUCUUGAAGCUUUCAGUAAGAAACGGGACGACUUUGGACUGUAACUGUUUGAUAAAGUGCGUGAAAGUGAUUUUAUGAUAUUUAAAUGCUGCUCCAUAUUUGCAUACUUGGAGAUAUGAUGCUUUAAAUGGUGAGAUCACAAUAGAAAAUAACACAGCCGUGGUAAUGGAGCAUAGAUCAAAUAAAAACAAAAGGAAAGAUGAAGGAAAAAAUUCAUCUAGUCAACUGACAGAGUCUAAGAAGAAGAGAUUUGUUUAUAUUUAUGGCAACUACCACAGUUACUAUAAUUACCGUAUUGAUCAGGCUUUGGAUGAAGACCCUAGGAUAAAGGUCUUAAGGAAGGAGUGGUUUGAAGACAAGAACUGCCUAGAUAUUGGCUGCAAUGAGGGUUUCAUUACAAUCAGCAUUGCACAAAAGUUUGCGUGCAAAAGUAUCAUGGGCAUAGAUAUUGAUGAUAGGCUUAUAUGGAAAGCAAGAAAUCACCUCAAAAGAGUUGCUGGUGUUAAGGAAGCCAUUGAAAAUAAACAAUCUGAGAAAGAAAAACAUGAAGGGCAUGCCAAUGAAGUUAAAGAUAGAAACAUGAGAGAACAGUCAUAUGAAGGUGAAGACAGAAUAAAUGAACUGGAGAGUCUAAACAGAAGGGAUCAAUCAUAUGAAGAUGAUGUCAGAGAAAAUGGAUUUCAGGUUAUUGGUAGGAUGAAACAGUUAUCCAAAGUUGAAGAAAGUGCAAAUAAAGUGAAAAUCGUAUGCAAGAAAUCUGUCAGCGAUAGAAUAAGCAUGUUAUCACAGGACAAUGUAUCAGAAAUUGUGGAAGGAAGAGUCACAGAUCAGAGUCUGCUUGAAAGAGUUUGCUUCAGAACUGAAAACUUCAUUCAGAAAUCCUAUUCCGAGUUUGAUGCAACGUAUGAUACAGUGCUCUGCUUAAGUGUCACCAAAUGGGUCCACCUAAAUUGGGGUGAUACAGGUUUAAUUUGUCUAUUUGCAAAGAUUUGGCAAGUGCUUAGGCCAGGCGGCAUUUUGAUUUUAGAGCCUCAACCAUGGAAAUCUUAUGAAAAAAAGCACCUCGUCUCUGAGGCUGCAGCAGAGAAUUUCCACAAUAUUGUUUAUAGGCCACACACUUUUAGGGAUAUUCUACUUGAUAAGAUUGGUUUCAGAUCAAUGGAAAGAAUCAGUGCACAGGUGCCAAAUAGUACAGCUGGUUUUAACAGGCCAAUUUAUAUGCUUCAAAAAUGAAUCACAUGUUUUGGCUGAAGAAAUAAUCUCAUGUUAAUUUUUCCCACAGCAACAUGAGGGGUUUAUUUUGCAUCUUUUUGUGUUCUGUGCCUUUGUUCAAGGUAGCUGGUCUGAACAAACGGUUAUUAAUAAUUUAUUAAGAGGCAGCAUUUUUGUUUCUAAGAAGGAACUCUGUAUAUUCACUACUCUUGAGGUGGCAACACGUUUUGCAGUAAUCUCUUGUAUGCUUCUUUAGUAGCUUGUACCCUUUUUGGAAGAAGAAAUUCUUUAUUUGCGGCUUUUGUUUUGCAUACCAUCUCUCGUAUGAGGCUUAGCUGCUUGUAUAUAGUUUCAAUGGACAUCAUGUUAAAAGGGAGAUCUUUAGGGGUUAUGAAGAUUUUGUUUUUCGCUAUUUAAGCUGAGGUUUGCAGCUUUUUUGUCA